AAUGACAUGAGUAUACUGGUCAACAACAACAAAAAAAAAAUGGCUUCAGCAUGAAAAAAACAUCAUUGACACGUAUUUUUAUUUAUUUUUUUGCAGGAAGCAAAAUAAUCGUUGACUAGUGUUGGAGCUACACAGCAGUAUUUAGAAAGAUCCCCGAUUUAUUAAUGUUAGCCUACUGCACGGCAGAGUUCGGCUAAAAUCCAGUACGUGAAGCGGGGGCGACUGCUCUUUCAUGUCCACAGCGCCUGGGUUUGCACGGGCGACGCCACCGUGGGGAGACACAUGAGGCACGCUGACGUUGCUUUUCCCAACAGGAAGAGAGGAUCAAUCUGCUAUGUUAUUCGCGGUGGAUAAACAUGCUUUCCGAGUGACACAUUCCUGAUAUUCCUAAACGGUUUGUUUUAUUUGAGGACACCACGGAGCCCAAAUGAAUCCUUCCCGAAGAAGCGAAAGCGACUGGCAAGGGCUCGUCAACGAGUUCCUGGUGUGCAAACGAAAGCUGGAGAGUAAGAAGGAGGCACUGCUGAUCCUUUCCAAAGAGCUGGACACCUGCCAACAGGAGCGCGACCAGUUUAAACUGAUGGCCAAUCAGCUGCGAGAACGUCACCAGGGCCUGAAGAAGAAAUACAGAGAACUCAUAGAUGGUGAUCCAACUCUGCCUCCAGAAAAAAGGAACCAGAUGAAUCUGGCCCAGCUGUUGAGGGACGCCCACGAGAAGAACAGGCAGCUGAGUGACGAGGUGAAGGAGCUGAGUCAGAGAUUAGCAGAGGUCCAGGGUGACAACAAGGUGCUGAGGAUGACCAUUACCAGACAGCGCCUUGGUGAUGAAGAGGUGGGGGUCCGGCAUUUUCCAGCCCAUGAGAGAGAGGACCUUGUCCAGCAGCUGGAGAGCGCGAGAGAUCAGAAUGAGGAACUGGGGCACAGCCUGAAGGCGGCAACAGAUGAACUGCAGGACGUGCGAGCAGAAAGGAAGGUUUACCAGGAGAAAGCUCAGCGCCUGAACCUCGAGAUUAACCGUGUCCUGGGCUGCCAUGGCAACCGCAUCCUGGAUGUGGAUGCUCUGUGUAUGGAGAACAGGUAUCUUCAUGAGAGGUUUGUGCAGCUUCAAGAGGAAGUCAGCCUGCUAAAAAGUAAUUUAAUGAAGUACAAGAGUGCUCUUGAGAGCAAGAAGAACUGUAAAGUCUACAGCAAUGCCAAUAGUAGUGCUCUAACAGGUGUCCUCUCAGCCAAACAAGUGCAAGAGCUUCUGCUGUCUGAGGAAAAUGGUUGUAGCCUCCCUGUUACCCCCCAGUCCAUCAGUGACCUGAAGUCACUGGCCACAGCUUUGCUGGAGACCAUCCAUGAGAAGAACAUGGUAAUACAGCACCAGCGCCAAACCAACAAGAUUCUGGGUAACAGAGUUGCUGAACUGGAGGGCAAGCUGAGAACUCUGGAGGUGUCAGGACUGUGGAGUCUGCCUGGUCUUUCUUACAGCGUGUCCGUGGGAUUAGGGAGAGGAAGAGAUGUAAUUGUUCUGAGUGAACAGAAGCCUGUCCGGAGUGCCAGUACUUGUCCAGCGCAACUAAGGCAGGGAUCUGUUGGAGAUGAAGAGGUAGUGACAGGAGAAGAAGUGACAGAAGACACAGCUCUCACAUCAGACUUGUGCCAACCCGACCAGCAGUGCACUACAUACUCAAAAACCACAGAAACACCAAAAGUCAGCUUCCCAGUAGAAACCACAACUCCCAGUCCAAGCCCCUGUGAGGACCAGGAUAAUGAGGACUACUACCCCGCGUGCCCUGACCCAAAGAACACUCCUUGUCCUGUGGAGCGAGUUGCAGACAGCUGUGAGCCACAGACACUAGACAGUGGUGACGAUUUACUGACCCGAGAUCACAAGCACCCAAACACAGCUCAAGCUGUGUUCAGAUGUUCACCAGAAGGAGGUGCUUCAGUCCCAUGUUCUAAACAGAAUCCUGAUAUUCAGGGUCUGUCAGAGACCACCUUAAUCACGGCAGCAGGUGCACAGUAUAGAGUGGACGACACAGUACUGUCUGAGGACACAGCAGUUGAGCCCACAGAUGACUUGACAAGAGAGCAAACAGAUCCAAAGUCCCAGCUUCCAACACCACAGACUCCAGACCAGGACAGCGAGAAUGGCUCAGCAUAGAACCCAGCAUAGUACGACUCAGCAUAGAACCCAGCAUAGAGUGAUUCAGCAAGGAAUGACUCAGUAAAGAACUGUUGAAGGAACAGUUCAUCCAGAAAUGCUAAAUGUGACUAGCAGUGACUGAAAUUUAGCAAGUCAGCAUGCUCCAUUUUUAUGGGGUUUUUUUUUUUGUGGAGAAGAAGACUGAAGGAUUUUGAAUGACUUCUUAUAAAAUACAUUCCCUACUUUUUUUUCUUCUUGGUGGAAUGUGUAAUAACCAGCCUUCAGACAAACUGGAUUUCGAGAGAAGAAAAGCAUCACUUCUCAGCACGUUUCCUCACUUCUCAUGACUUCUCAGCAGGCACAUUCGUCAGCCACAGCAUUUCUACCAUAUCAGUAUGUACGGAGACCAGAUUUCUCUGUGGUUCACAGUCAGCUUUAUGCUCCAGUCUGUGCCACAUACAUGAAGUUUUUUCUGGGCUGAUGUGGUGUUUAUCACAGAACACAUUGGUAGCAGUCACUCGACAUGUUCACUAUUUCAGUAGUCUUAUGAUUCAGUUUUUAGUAAACCAGAAGAUAUGAGGCAUCUGAGAUAACUUUCAUAUGUAAACUAGUCUCUGUCUGUCAUUAGGCCAGUAGUUUGUAGGCCUCAGGAUGCCAAAACGCUGUUUUCAUUGUUUUGUUUUUUUUAACAUGUCUGUUUCAAAUUGCUGGGUAAUUAAUUAAUCAACCAACAAAUAAAUAAACCAAUUAAGUUAUAAUUAGGGGUGUAGCAAGGAGUAGUGUAGGUGAAAGAACAUACAGCCUCACAGUGCACCUGGGCUAGUAGUGUUGCACUUUUAACUGGCCAGCAAGUCUAGAUUUGGGAGUAUAAUAAGAUUGCAACUCAGGCAUUUCUCAUAAUCAUUUCAGGCCUUAUGAACCACAGAAUUAAGGAAACAUAUUAACUUUCUGCAUUUGUUUACAUUAGGAUAACAUGGGACAUUUUAAUGUGAUUAAAAAGGGGGACAGCUGGCCUUUUAAGGGCUGAUGCCAAAAUGAGGUUGAAGUAAAUGUUAGGAACAAAUGUUAUGCUUAUGCCAAACAAUCUUAGAUUACAGUACUAUAUCAGGAAGGCACAACACAACUUUUAAGAUAGGUGGACAGCCAGAAAGAGAUUGUUGAGUUCAGAUAAAAACUUGUAUGAUGAUACUACUGAGGCACCAACCCUGAACACAAGAAGACUGCAUGACGUUUUGAAAAGGAGAAAUUGGAACAAAAGUGGAAUAACAGAAUUAUGUGAAGUCACACCUUGUGGCGGUUAGUCUUAUAGUACUGUAUAUUUUUUCAUUCAUCUCACUUCACCACCUAUUUGUCUUGUGUUCAUGAUUUGUCAUGCAAGUGGCUAGCACAGUAGUCCCCCAGAAAUCUCCUUCUGCUUUUGUUUUAAGAUUAUUGUACAGUCAUUCCAUGAAACUACUAACUACUGUACACUAGUAAAAAAGAGUAUACAGUUCAGUAGCAAACAUUACAUGAUUUAUGGAAAGAUGAAAAUACACUGCAGAUUCUGGUUCACAUAUAUGUUGCAAUAAAACCAGCAAUUUGAUACUUAGUUUGUUUCAAUCUCUCUUUAGACUGUCAUCUAGAUGUUUUUUCCCCCAAACUAAACUAUUAAAUGGAAAUUGAGAUUUUA